AUGUAUCUAGGACGAGCGCAGCUCCCUUGUCUCCGCACGGCAGAAUCAGAAGCACGGUUGCCGUGUGCAUCACCUAUCACCCAGUCGAACGGGGAUGUUGUUUCUCCAUUUGGUUUAAAGCACUUGGCUUGCACUCUGCUCGAGCGGCUUACAGGGGCUAUUGAGCACAUAAAGCCAGUUCUUCUUAUCGGGGAGACAGGCAGGGGAAAGGCUCCAUCUAGUCAAAAGUUGGCACAUCCUUGUUUCCGUCGUUUGCGCAUAAUCAACUUGAGUCAGCAAUCAGACAGUAUUGAUCUAAUUGGCGACUUCAAAGCAGUAGAUACACGCUUCCUUGUGAGGCCUGAUACCUGGAACACAACAAUUCAGCUGACUUACUGUUCACUUCACACGUUGUUUGACCGCAUUUUAACUAUUUAUGUUCGGGUCCGGCAAGAUCUGGAAUCCAGUUCAGCGUUCACUGGGUCGCGCACCAUUUCACCACGGCUGUUUGACUGCAUUUUAACUAUUUAUGUUCGGGUUCGGCAAGAUCUGGAAUUCAGUUCAGCGUUCACUGGGUCGCGCAACAUUUCACCACGGGAUUUGCUGAAAUUCGACCUUCUGUUGAAUCUCUCUAAUCUGAUUCCUUGCCGUUUUGACUGCUUCAUAGCCUGUGCGCCCAAUCCAAGCCGUUUGCUUCAGCUGGCUUCUAAAAUAGCCGGAGAACUCAAUCUGACUGCGGAGAAGGUUUUGUUCAUUCCCAUUGGAUACAGACGGAGCAGCGAUGUAUCUAGGACGCUUCAGCUGGUAAAAUAG